AUGCUUCGCCGGAUCUGCUGCGUAAUCCUCGCUCUGGUGCUGCUCCUCUCGUCUCUCCUGCCCGGUGCGCGCUUCCCGCACUGCUCCGCGCAGAUACCGCUUGCUUCCGCUAGCUUUCCGCUAUCCUCCGAGAGCACAGCUCCUGUCAGAUUCAGCACCGAGACUCCCCCCUUGAGAUCACAUGCACGGAAUCUCCUCCACGAAGAGAGCAACCCGCUAGAUGACGUCAGCGAUGACGUCAGCCACGGCGCGGAGGGUUUCGUCGGCUUCGUCGAAGGCGCGUCGCGGCCGGACCCGCUCUGGGGAUUCUACGAGUACAAGGGCGGCUUCGACGUUCAUAGCGCGCACUACUGGGCGUCCGCUGCGUUUACCGGGAUCUGGGGAUACGCUAUCGGCGCCGUGUGGCUAUGCGUAGGCGUUUGCUUGGCUCUGUACUUCCUCUUUCGCUCCUGCUGUCGAAAGUCCUCGAAAAGGAACGGACGGAAUGGGCGGAACGGGAAAAGCGAACUUAACGGCGGAAGCGGGGGGAUUUACGUGGAGAAGCCGGUUGUAACGAAAGCGCGCACUUUACUUUUGGGUUUUAUUUGGGCGGUGGCUAUCGCGGGCGGCGUUUUGGCAGUGGUGGGCACUGGCUGGGUCGCCAACGAAGUGGACCGGGCUGAGGAGACGGCAAGAGGGACCGCGCAGGACGCUGUCAGGGCCGCCGAGACUAUUUCCUCCGUGCUAGAAGACCUUCCCUCCUCCAUUCAGUCCCUCAACUUCGCACCUGACACAACAAUCCUAGCGCAUCAGGCGUCCGCUUUCAACCGUUCCGCCGUCACAAUCUUCCGUUCCGGCGACCGCUUCUGCUCACGAGUCCACGGAAGCGUCACGGCCGCGCGCAUCGUGACCGGCGUCCUGCUCUCCGCCCUCUUGCUGACGUCAGCCAUCCUGCUGACGUGGCUCUGCGUCACGCGGCCGCGCGCCGCGUGGCUCCUCCUCGUGGCCGCGAUCUGCGCGUGGAUUGUCGCGGCGCUCAUGUGGGUGGCGUUCGGGCUGUCGUUAGCAGGCCGACACGUGGCGGACGACGCGUGUUCCGCGGCGGAAGAGUACGUUAGCGGAACGGAAAGCCCCUCGAGAGCUUCCCUCGAAAGGCUCUUCGCGUGCUCUCGUUCAAAAACGGCUUUGAAGUUCCUAACAGAAGGCAAACGACUAACCAGCCAGCUAGUUUCAGAGUACAACGGAUUCGUGAGAGAUCAGAACGGGCGAAUAGGAGGCUCCCACGUGGCACCUCUCUGCGACCCGUUUGCCGCAGCGGGAGCUGGCUGUGUGACGUUGGCCAACGCGGCAGCAAUGCUCGGGGAAGGGGGCGGGGCUUCGAGAGGGGUCUUGAACCAGACGGUCGGACACGUGUCGGUUGGGGAUUUGCUGAGAGUGGGUGCGGCGCUGCAGGAAGAUAUUCCCACCUUAGAGGCCGUGGCGAACUGCACGAUUAUCACCAGAAUCCUCCAGUCUUUCGUCGCCGACCGCUGCCCCCCCCUCAAGACCGCCGCCGUCAUCCAGUGGGUCGGCUACCUGGUGCUCACGCUUGCCACGUCAUCGCUCGCGCUCUUUUCGCUCUUUCUCUACCUGCUAACGCGGCGGCGCGGCCGCGAGCGCGCGCGCCAGCUGCAGCUGCAGAAGACGUGGGCGAUUGGGGUUCCGCCUCGGGCCUAUCCUGGGCCGCCGCGUGGCAGUCAGGGAGGCUGGAUAAACCGCGCAGGGGCGCAGCCGCCGCCACGUGGCGGCUGGGGGAGUGAGGAAGACGCCGGAGUGCCAGCUGGCAAUGGGACGCCAUCGGCCCCGCCGCUGUCUAUGCUGCGGAACGGAACGCCUUCUCGCGCGUCAACGCACACUGGGCGGACCUAUCAGCCGGGCGUCGUCAUUGGGGUUCCAGCUCUGGGGUCGAGCUUUGGCGCGACAAGGUGGUAG